CUUCCAGUUUGCCGUACAUAAACAAAGAUGGCGUCUUCUGCCGAUGUUCACGUCCGAAUAUGUGGACAAGAAAUUAUCAAAUAUGACCUCGAAAUUAAGGCUCUGAUUCAGGACAUCAGGGACUGCCCUGGACCUCACUCAACUCUCAUGGAGCUCAACUCUCAGGUCAAAGAGAAGUUUAGCAAACUGAGACUCAGAAUCCAGGAUCUGGAGCAGAUGGCAAAAGAACAGGACAGAGAGUCGGACAGACUGGUCAUUCAGGCAGAGACAGAGAGUCAGCGAAGGCAAAUGAUGAGUAACCAAACAGCAUGGAGGAAAGCUAACCUGGCUUGCAAACUAGCGAUUGACAACAUGGAGAAGGAUGAGCUGCUGCAUGGACGAGAAAACCUGAGCACCAGACAGAGGAAGGCAACCAAAGAAAGCUUAGUGGAAACUAGUAGCAAUAUCACAGAGAGUCUGAUGUCCAUCAGCAGGAUGAUGGCUGAACAGGUGAAGCAGAGUGAAGACACCAUCGGCACACUUGCCACCUCCUCCAGAACAGUUCAAGAAACCAAUGAAGAAUUCAAAAACAUGACAGGAACCAUCCACCUGGGGAGGAAACUGAUCCUCAAGUACAACAGACGGGAGCUGACAGACAAACUGCUCAUCUUCCUGGCUCUGGCUCUUUUCCUUGCCACCGUCCUCUACAUCCUCAAGAAGCGUCUCUUUCCCUUUAUUUAGCAGGCUGCUGCUUCUUAAAGAGGCUCACACUGAAGCUUCAGGAAGAACGUUUUCCUGAUAAAUCAGUCAGCAGAAAGUUACCACAGGGAGUACGAGAAGGUAUGUAGAGGAAGUGAUGAUUAUAAGGGUUUGAGGCAGAACAGGGACUGACUGACGCACAAAGAUACUGCCAAAGAAAAAAUCUGUCAUCUCAUUUAACAUUGUUUUUAGCUUGAAUGAUAUGAUGCAACAUAUGGCUUUGAGAUCACCUUAAGGAGGAACCCAUCAAAUAUGACUAGUUAAAAGAGUCAUAUAGUAGGAAGUGGGUUUUAUAAGUUUUAAUGCACCCACAAUGAUGAGUUUAAGCCAAGGUGCAAGGCUCCUGUCAAAAGACUGCACUGUCUUAUAGGGAAGAUUUAUACAAAUAAAGAAAGCACACUCCACAUCAGCUGGUCUUUGAAGGCAUUCAUAUUACUGCAAGAAAACCAGCAGCAAUAAAAAUGACUGAAGUGCACCAGGGCCCUCAUAAUCCUAGCUUUUAUAAACAACCAGGCACAAGGCUGUCAUAUGCAGUAUCUUCAUUUUGUUUACUUUUUAUUGUCAAAUUAUAAUCCCUGUGUGUGCAUCAUAGAAUGAGUGUAUGCUGUUGUGAUCUGUUUACUUUUCCAAAAAUCUAUUGUUCCAGUUAUUGAAUAGUUAAAUUGUGCCUUUAUUUCGACCUCAACUCCAGACAACUGAUCCAGAAAUUGGAUGGAUUGCUGAUCCUAUGAAGACUGUCUGGGAUGCUAAAUCAAUAUGUGACAGUUCUGAAUAAAUGUCUUAAUGUUAGAAUUAAAAUAAGUAUUAUAA